ACCCUGAGUUUCGCUUUACUACCCCAAAGACGAACAGAAAGCGGAAAAACGUCGGAAGUAAGAUGUAUUAUUACAGAUAUGAAAAUGCAGAGGUCAGCUGCUGUUACAAAUAUCUCAUGUUCAGCUAUAACAUUAUCUUUUGGUUGGCUGGAGCAGCGUUUAUAGCGAUUGGUUUUUGGGCCUGGAGUGAAAAGGGGGUAUUGUUGGACCUGACUCAAGUGACCCGUCUCCAUGGAUUUGACCCAGUCUGGUUGGUUCUGUUGGUUGGAGCUGUAACAUUUAUUUUGGGAUUUGCUGGCUGUGUAGGAGCACUGAGAGAAAACAUCUGCCUACUGCGCUUCUUUUCAGGUGUGAUUGGGUUUAUUUUCUUCCUGGAGCUGACAGCGGCUGUGUUAGCAUUGGUUUUUCAGGAACCACUCAAAGGCUGGAUUAGUGAUUUCUUUAUUGCCAAUGUUAAAGGAUACAGAGAUGAUAUUGAUCUACAGAACCUGAUUGAUUCCUUACAGAGACUGAAUAAUUGCUGUGGAGCUAAGGAUCCAGAUGACUGGAACCAGAAUGUUUAUUUUAACUGUUCAGUAACAAAUCCAAGCAGAGAGCGCUGUGGAGUUCCAUUCUCUUGCUGUAUCAGUGACCCUGCGGACACUGUGGUGAAUACACAAUGUGGGUAUGAUAUCAGAGCACCGGAAUCAGUGAGUAAGCUGCCCAGUGUGAUCUUUAAAAGAGGUUGUGUCAAUGCACUGGAGGAGUGGCUGCCACGCAACAUCUACAUUGUAGCGGGAGUGUUUAUAGUUAUUUCACUGUUACAGAUGGUUGGAAUCUUCCUGGCCCGAACUCUCAUCAGCGAUAUUGAAAAAGUGAACAAUAAUUAUUACUGAGUUUAGUGUCUGUGUGUGUCUGUGUGUGUCUGUGUGUCUCUGUGUGUGUGUGUGUGAGUGUGUGUGUGUGUGUGUGUGAGUGUGUGAGUGUGAGUGUGUAAGUGUGUGAGUGUGUGUGUGUGUGUGUGUGUGUGUGUGAGAGAGAGAGAGAGAGAGAUAUAUUGUGUGUGUGUGUGUGUGUGUGUGUGUGUGUGAGAGAGAGAGAUAUAGUGUGUGUGUGUGUGUGUGUGUGUGUGUGAGGAUAUAGUGUGUGUGUGUGUGUGUGAGUGAGAUAUAGUGUGUGUGUGUGUGAAUCCUCAUUAUAAAAGUUUAGUGUUUGGCGUGCCUUUAUGAGUCUAAAACCUCUCAGGUCUUUAUUACUAAACAUAAAACUUCAUUUAUUAGUAAUACUGUUAUUAUUAUGCGACAAUUAUAAUAUCAAUAUUAUUAUGCUAUAAUAAACUAUAACUCUUUAAACAUCACAAUUUAUUAAUGCCAUUCAACCACAAUGUACUUUAUCACUGCAAAUUCACCAUAAUGCCUGUUUUUUCUGGCAAUGUUUUAGCUUUGUAUUAUUCACAUGUACAGUUUUGAGCAGUAAUUUAACAGAAUUGACCAUUAACUCAUUACUCACACAAAUAUUUAGCCUAAUCUGCCUAUUUACACUUACAUAGUGUAAUAAAAUAUUAGUUAUAAUAUUUAAUAUUUCAGUUAACUUAAAUAAAACAAAUAACAAAACAGUAGUAAAUUUAUAUUAUUAAAAACAAUAUAUUAUUAACAUGAAUGUUAACAGCAAUUGUGAUGUUAUUCAAACAUAUAUUACAUGUAAAAAUACAAACUUUUCUGCUGUUUACGUACAGGUUUCUGUUUACUACCCACUGAGUGCCUUUAUUAACAUUUAUAGGGGCGUUUGUUUAUCUCUUAAUAAAGCCAAGUGUCCUCAUAGUAACAGAACAUUUUCAUCAUUUUGACAUUGUGGACACUUUGGUCUGUUCAAUUAAAGAAGAAAUUCUGCAGCUUUUAUGUAAAUAGAAGCUUAAUAUUUUCUUCAUGUUAAGAGUGUAGGUGUAAUGCUAUUAUUGGUUUUUGUUUCAGUAAUACAUGUGUGCAUGCGUGCGUGUGUGUUUCUGGUUAAACACUGCAGUCUUCCUCUUUUUCUACUGGUUAGCUUAGAAUCUUAAAGUUUUGUUUUUUUUUCAAAUAAAAAAAUACAUUUAUGAUUUUUUUUUUACUUUUACUAGAAAUUAAAGGUUUUUACUCCUUGUAACUUUCUAAUUUUGUGUUACUGUUUUCCUGUUCCACUUCUAUUUUUAUGGAGCAGAUUUUUUGUAUUAAAAAUAAAAUAUUUUUGUAUUUGAAUACA